AUGCCUCAACUACCGAUAUUGGCCCCGUCUCCGUCUCCGUUGACGCCAAUGGCCACAGGCCGCCUAAACUGUACGUUGGGCGAAGCCAUCUAUCGGCCUCUAUUCAAUCCACAUAAAACUCCUUUUGCCAUUGUUACCUUGUACCAGCUUAUAUUGCUUUUGUUCAGAAACAGCUAUGGUCCUUUCAAACUUAAAUACUCAUUUGGCAACCCAUGGUCGGUGAAAAGUGUGGGUAUCGUACACUUCUGGAAAGUGCUACUGGCCGUUCUUCAAGGCCUUGUGACUCUUCUCCUUGCAUCUUUGAGCUCUGGCAACAGCCCUGUUGACAGUAUAUCUGAACUGGUGAUUCCUCAGGCUGCUCUUGCUGCUGCAGCUGUGGCUUUCCUUUUGGUACUCCCACUUCAUAUCCUUGAAUCCACCAGAUCAGUUGUGGGCCACGGCUCCUUGCUCUUCUUCUGGUUCUUUUCCAGUAUCUCAUGGCUUAUCAUUCUCAUCAACGAUUGGUGGUCUCCAUACAAGGUCUUUGUUCAGCCUCACGCCGGUAAAGACGUCUUGUCUCUGGUUAUCACUGGGGAAGUUUUCUUGUUGGCCAACUCCAUUUUUGUGUUUGUCCUUGAAAACUCAUACUACAGUCCUUCCAAAGAAUUGAUCGAGUACUUUGACUUAAACGGAUGGGAACCUUCUACUGUUAGAAACUUAGUCCAGCUUUUGUUGUUCACCUGGGUCAAUCCUAUGCUUAAAGAUGUCUACCACACUAACAACAUUGAGGUUGAAGAAGUUCCUAGCGCAGAAAUUGAAUUGCAAAGUGAUGUUAUUUCGGAAGUUUUCCGUAAAGCCUGGGCCAAGGAGAUCAAAAGAGCUACUUGGUGGAGAGACAGAAGAGUCAGGAACGCAAAGGAACCAACCGAAGAAGACAAGAAAGUCAAACCUAGCUUGCUUUUAGUUGUUGGUAAGAUGUACUGGAUCACCUCUCUUCAAGGUAUUGGUUUCCAAUUGGGAGAAAUUAUCUCAAACACAUCUGUUCCAUUCUUGCUUCAAGCUUUCAUCAAGUACUUCACGAACUAUGUUACAGCUAAGGAAGCUGGCAAAGAGACUCCUCCUUUGAUAAUUGGUUUUGUCUUAUCGUUUUCUAUCUAUGGUGCAUCUGUCUUGCGUUACUUUUCCUUUAACCAGUUGUUCAUGUCGUUCUUCCGUAUCAGUUUUGGUGUUCAGUCCUCCCUUACCACGAUGUCCUACGAGAAAGCUCUUAAAUUAUCCCCAGACGCCAGAAGAGAGAAGAACACCGGUGAGAUCGUCAACCACGUGUCCGUGGAUGUUGGUGUCAUUGCUAGAUGUCUUGAAGUUGUCUCUGAUGCUGUUGUUAUCCCAAUUCGUUUGGCAUUGUGCUUAGGUGCCUUGUGGAAACUUCUUGGUAACUCAACAUGGGCUGGUCUUGCAGUUGCUCUUAUCAUGGUUCCACUUUCGUCUAUGGUUAGUAUGGCCAUCUUCUCUUUGUUCAAGAUCCAGAUGGAGUGCAAGGAUGAGAGAACCAGACUCACCUCAGAAAUUCUUAACUCCAUCAAGUCUAUCAAGUUGUAUUCUUGGGAGAAACCUAUGUUAAAGCGUUUGGACGAAGUCAGAAACAAGAAGGAAUUGAAGAACGCAAAGCAGAUGGGUAUUUGGAACGCCGGUGCAGACUUCGUCUGGGAAUGUAUUCCUUUCUUGAUUUCAUGUGCUGUGUACGGUUUCUUCGGCUUCUUCAGCGAGUCUCCACUUACUCCAGCUAUUAUUUUCCCAGCUCUUUCUUUGUUUGAUCAACUUUCUGAUCCAAUUCAGAUGAUUCCAGGCAUUUUCUCUCAGGUUGCCGAGGCCAAGGUGUCUUUAAACAGAUUGCAAGAUUACUUUAUCAUGGAUGAGAUGGAAGAGGGCGUUAUUGAGCGCACUAACAAGCCAUUGAAGAAGGGUGACGAGAGCGUCCGCAUUUCGAAUGCCUCAUUUGUAUGGUCUCAAAAAGCUGCCGACAAGACCGAUGGUGAGCCUACUUACGCCUUGAAGAACAUUAACUUCAAAGCAAGAAAGGGUGAAUUGACAUGCGUUGUCGGUAGAGUUGGUUCCGGUAAGACGACCCUUUUGAAGUCGAUCGUUGGCGAGAUUCCAAAGCUUCACACCGAUAACAGUUCUGUCAGUGUAAAUGGUACUGUUGCUUACUGUGCUCAGAAUGCCUGGAUCUUGAACUCGUCUGUGAGAGAGAACAUUAUUUUCGGCAAGCGUUUUGAUCGUGACUUCUACGACAAGACCAUCGAAGCAUGUCAAUUGAAGCAUGACUUUGAGGUCUUGCCUCAUGGUGACUCGACACUUGUGGGAGAGAAGGGUAUUUCUCUUUCUGGUGGCCAAAAGGCUCGUUUGUCCUUGGCUAGAGCUGUUUAUUCUAGAGCUGAUAUCUACUUGUUGGAUGAUGUGUUGUCUGCUGUCGACGCCCAUGUUGGUAAGAGAAUCACCAAUGCUGUGUUGUCUUCUGAUGGUAUGUUAGCCUCCAAGACUAUCAUUCUCGCAACGAACUCCGUCAAGAUCCUUAAGAUUGCCCAAGAUAUUUACUACCUCAAGCAAGGUGAAGUCAUUGAACAUGGUACUCAUGAAUCAUUGGUCGAGAAACAAGGUGAUGUUGCCAAGCUCAUUGCAGAGUUCGCUGAUCAAAAUGAUCAUCUGACUGACGCUGAAGACACUGCUCGUGAGCUGUCGACUGAAUCUAGCGAAGACGAAGAGCCUAAACCAUUCCAACCUACCGCACUUAGAGAGGUCGAGGAUUUGGGUGAUGACGCCCAUAUACCAUUGGUCAAGGUUCUGAGUCAGCAAACUAUUGGAAGAGCAUCUGUGGUGUCUUUUGAUCACAAGUAUCAGUUCGAAGAAGACUUCGGAAAGACUCAAAAGGAUGACGAGAACAAGGAGAAGACAGAGAAAGGUAAAAUCAAGCUCGAUGUGUACAUUCAGUACAUCAAGGCUUGCAGAUAUCCUAUUAUUAUUGUUUGGUCUAUCUUGUCUGUUGUCAUUGCCGUCACUGAAAUUUAUGGAAGGGUUGUCUUGAAGAUCUGGUCCGAAAAGAACUUUGAACAUGGAUCCAAUGUCAAGCCUUCUCUUUAUUUGACCCUCUAUGCCUCUACCGGUGUUUUGGGAGGUAUCAUAAACUUUGUGAACAGUUACAUUAUCUGGACUUUCAGUGCAAUCCAUUGCUCGAAAUACUUCCAUGACCGUAUGGCCAAGAGUGUUUUGAGAGCUCCAAUGUCGUUCUUUGACACCACUCCUAUUGGAAGGAUUUUGAACCGUUUUUCGGACGAUAUUUCCGUUUUGGAUAACCAGAUGCUUUGGAUUUCCAUUGUUCUUUUCCACAGUAUCAUGGAGACAUUGAUCAGAGUUGGUAUUGUUGUCUACAACUUGCCAGUCAUGAUUUUGGUCAUCCCUGUUCUUGUCAUCAUUUUCAUUCGUUACAGAAACUGGUUCAUUCCAGCCUCCAGAGAGCUCAAGAGACUUCGUUCAGCUUUGAGAAGUCCUGUGUUCUCUCACUUGCAAGAGUCUAUCAACGGUGCUGAAACCUUGCGUGCCUACAAUGAGAAUGAACGUUUCAUUCACGCUAACAAGAGAAAGGUCGAUAAUGUCAUUAAGGUGGACUUUGUCGCUCAAAACACUAACAGAUGGUUGUCGAUGAGACUUCAAUCCAUUGCUGCUCUUGUUGUCUUGGCUGCCAGUUUGCUGACUCUUUUGUCACUCGUUUCCAAGAAGCCUUUUUCCCCUGCGAUGAUUGGUUUUCUUAUGACAUAUGUUUUCUCGUCUACCAUGUUUUUGAACGCCAUUAUCAGAAUGUGGUCGGAAGUUGAGGUCAGAUUGGUCUCCAUCGAAAGACUUAUUGAAUACGGUAAUUUGCCAUCGGAAGCUCCUGAAGUUAUUGAAGAAAAGAGACCUCAAGAGACUUGGCCUGAUAACGGCUCUGUCGAAUUCAAGGGCUACAGUACUAGCUACAGACCUGGUCUUCCUCCAGUUUUGAAGAAUAUCAACCUUGAAAUCAAGCCAUCUGAGAAGAUUGGUAUUGUUGGCCGUACAGGUGCCGGUAAGAGUUCGUUGACGCUAGCUUUAUUCAGAAUCAUCGAAGCCACAGAAGGAAACAUCAAUAUUGAUCUGAUUGACACUAGCCAGAUUGGUCUUCAUGACUUGAGGGGCCAGCUUAACAUUAUCCCUCAGGAUGCCCAUGCUUUCGAAGGUACUGUUAGACAGAAUUUGGACCCAUUUGACCAAUACACCGACGAGGAAUUGUGGAAGGUGCUCGAUUUGGCACACUUGAAGACCCACGUUGAGUCUAUGAAGUCAGAAGUUAAAGAGGACAAGGACAAGAAGGACACAAAGAAGGAUGCCAAGGACGAAGAACCACAAGUGGGACUCAAAGCCAAUGUCCUUGAAGGAGGCUCAAACCUUUCGUCUGGUCAAAAACAGUUAUUGUGUCUUGCUCGUGCUCUUUUGAAGAAGUCCAAGGUUUUGGUUCUAGAUGAGGCCACUGCUGCUGUUGAUGUUCAAACUGACAAGAUUAUCCAGGAAACAAUCAGAUCAGAGUUCAACGACAAGACUAUUUUCACCAUUGCUCACAGAUUGGAUACUAUCUUGGACAGUGACAGAAUUCUUGUGCUUGACAAGGGUGAAGUUAAGGAGUUUGACACCCCAGACAAAUUACUCAGUGACAAGAACAGUGAGUUCUACUCCUUAUGUAAAGAAGGUGGCUACCUUCUGAAAAUCGAGAAGGAGAAGAAUUAG